CCUAGUUCUUCCCUCUUCGCCAUAACGCGCAAAGCGGAAGUGUGGAUGGCCGAGCUCGGCAUGGACACUCCGACCUUCGCAUACACACGGCUAUACACCGAGCACUUGCUGGCUAUUGAUACCCAGCCCAUCUGGUAGACGUCCCUUUCCACGUCCUCGCGCUACCCGCAGAUUAUCGAGCAAGAUGGUCGAUUCAACAGCGGGUGACAGUUCACACGCAGAUGCGGCUCACCAAGCCGCUCGUUCUGGAGAAGAGGCGUCCGAAGUGCUCGACAAAAGUUCCUCAUUUCCAGCGCAAGGUCAGAACUCGCAGGACGUCGCAGCCCAGGACCAAUCCUCUGUGAAUGAGGAAACAGAGGCAAUAGGCGCGGCAGCUGAAAGGCCCGAAGGAAGCAUGUUGGCGCCUCAAUCAGGUGCAGAAGUGGGACUGGUGGAAACUGAAGAAAAUGGACCGCAUGAUGCGGAGCACGAGGAGAUCAACGAAUCAAGCAGUGGUUUGACCCAGAUUGAAAAAUCUCAGCCACCUUUACCGGACGAGCCGGUGCCCUCACAUGCUCACUCGUGGCAAGCUGUAUGGGCCCCUCAAUCCGGGGCGUACUAUUUCUGGAACACGGCAUCAGGAGAGACUACAUGGACAAAUCCUCUGGGAGAGUCGGGCUCAGGCGGAGCACAAAGAGCGACCCGCUCGUCCGCGGCCGUUCAAGCUGGAGCUCCUUCCGCACCCAUGAGUGACGAAGACUUAGCCAUCUCAGCAGGUAUAGAUCCCGACUUGGCCUUUCUCGAUUCUCAGCUCUAUGCCUCCCAGCUCGCUUCAGCCCGCACUGCGCAUUCGCAAGGUCAAGGUCAUGGCAGUACCAUUGCUACCGCUUCCAACUCUGUCGGGGCCUACUUUGACGCCCGAACAGGUCGAAUGGUGUCUGCCUCUUCUCCCUCCCAAGCAAACCCGGACGCUUCAACAAGACAUUCUUCGAGCGCCAAAGCAAAGAGACAGAUGAAUGCUUAUUUCGAUGUGGAUUCGUACGAGGCGCAGAGGGCCGCCGAAAGGGCCGAGGCCGCAGGUGCUGCCAGUGCCAGCGCGAGCGGAGGGAGAGCUGCGCAGAAAUUGAGCAAAAAGGAACUGCAGUACUUUAAAGAUCGUAAAGCUCAAAAGAGGAGGCAGCAAUACUUGAGCGGCACCUGAAAGCAUACAUGCAUCUCAACGGACUGAUCCAGACACAGGGAUUGCAGAGUGUGGCUAUAUCGAACGGUGUAUGAGAUGAGCGGCAACCUUUCGAGAACUCUCAUUGUGGCUAUCGGCGGCAAGCUGCCAGGCUCGGCUGUGCGCUAAAACCGGGACAGUGCCUAUGCUUGCUUCCUGUCAACGAGAAAUGCUCAAGAAAGCUCGCCAUAUCGUAUGGCAUUGUAAAGACUACGAUAUGACAUGGUGCACAAUCAGGGCUCAAACAGUCAGGGCCAUCUGAUUCUGUUCCGCUGCCGUGCCAGCCGCGUUCGCCGGUGCAUGAGCCGCUCCGCUACUUCUGGCCUCAUCGAUGGUUGUCAAGAUCCUAUCGAUCGAUCCUUGCCAAUUGACCAAUUUCUGCUCCAAUGAUUUCCACUCUGGAUCUCCAAACGUUCUGAAAGUGCUCUUAUACACUCUGAAUGAAGAAGUCACCUGGCUCAACUUGCCCGAGACC